AUGACAUUCAACGAAACUACCAAAUCUACGGUCAAGGCUCUUGAUGAGGAUCCGGAGGUUGGUCUAAUCAAGGUAUUGAUAGAAGGAUACCAAGUAGACCAAAUGCAACUUGACGAAGGUUCCAUUUCCACCUGUUGCGAUGCUGAUUUGAAGAAAAAUCAAGGGAGCUCCAGAACCCUCUGCAUGUAUGACGAUUCCGACUCGUCACUUCAGAGGAGCACAUCAGAAUGUUCUGUCGCAGUAUCGUCGACCACUCUCGUGAAAUUCAAUGGCGAACCUUCAACCGAGAAGCAGCAGCCGCUUCAUCUUCCACGACAAUCUUCUGAUGCUGCCGCUCUCGGUUUCGAUUCCGACUCCCCAGAAAGCGUGUCCUACUUCGAAAGAAAUGUCGUGCUUCCGGUUCUGACUGAUGCACAAAGAACGCCAAACUUACAAAGAAAUCAACAACAAGAUUCAAUCUCUUCUUCUGGCGGAGACCGGAGCCAGCCAGGAGCAUAUCUCGUAGUAGGCAUUGGCAUUCAAGGCGACCCCGAACUGGCUUCUCCCAGUCCUCCAGAUACGCCGGAGGAAGUUCUUGUUGAAGCGGAGCUAGUGGAACCAAGCCAAGAACUGGAACUGGCAGUUGCAUCACCCUACACCGACCAAAAGAUUCACUACGUCAUUGGUAUCAUUCUUCUGUUGAUAUUCAUUGUCAUUGGAGCUGUACUGGCCGGCAUCUUGACGAGAUCAUCACGAAACCUUGAUACCCUCAAUGCUGCUUUUGAAAGUCAAAAGGCUUUCCCGGAAAGCCUUCAGUAUGGAACACCAUCAUUGGAUCUGGGACGCAAGCUCGCUUUGGAGGUCCAUGUGCCAUGUCAGCAUCUGGAAGUAUCUUGGCUUUUGGCAGCACUGCCAACGCAGCAGCUGCGCAUGUCGGCACAGUUCGAGUUUUCAAAGCUCUGGAGGUAG